GUGUUAAUUGAGUUGAAAUUGGGGUCCGUGACACCACGCCUAGUUAAAUGAUAAGACUUGUUUCUGCCGAUCCCUUGUCGGAGAGUGGCUAAGAAGGUUAGGCUCCAUCUUCGGGAGGAAUUCUGAUGGGGGCGUUCCUAGAAGACAUCUCCUUCAUAAUAAGAGUGUUCGGCAUCACGAAGGAGUAGAUGUUUUCUCCGGAUAAUUAAAGAUAUCCAGCCAUGGGGUGUUCUCAGGUUCUCUCUGGAGCAGCUUUAACCAUCCCGAAUUGUAACCUUCGUGAGGGUUCGAAGAUGCCUGGUGCCACUGUAAUUGGGACUCCUGCCAUUAAUUUUAAGGUUUCUUCUCGACCCAGAUGGUUUCUUCAAGGGCUCUUCCGUUUUCCUCCGGUUCGGUGUUCGCAGUCCUCAAAUCGGCAAAGCGGUGAAGAAGAUGAGGCGAAAGCACGAGUUGAGGACCUUCGAGUUCCAGAACAGUGGUCGGAUCCUUCCAAAGCUUUGGAGGAAUCAGAGUGGUUACGAGUAACUCUGCAUAAAUGGUUGGAUGAUGAGUACUGCCCGGAGGCAACAAAUGUAGAAAUCAGCAAGGUUGCUGCCUGCUCAUACCACAAAUCUUUGGUGGAGAAACAGACCGACCUGGGUGUCAUUUUGUUAAAGAUGGCCAGGGAAUUGGAAUCCAUCUCCUAUCAAGAUAGUUUUCAUGGAGCAUUCUCAUCAGCAAAUGCAGCUGUGGAUUUGAUUGCCCAACGGAUAGAGCAGGAUUGAUCACUUGCUGGGAUUGAAGGUUUGGGAGUAUCUACAUAUUAGCCAAUCGCUAUCUGUAUUUUUAUUUUUAUUGUUUUUGUAAAAAAAUAGUCGCAAUCACAAUUAUGUGAUAGUAUUGUUCCUAUCAACUUGUCCACGGAAUAGGAAUUUUAUUUUCCAUGAUUUUAUUAUGGCUGUAAAUGGAUUUCCAAGAGUAUCAUCAUUGCCAUUUGGCUCAGAGCAGUCACAUUUACUGCUGUAUUGCGUU